UUCCGUGAUCCAGGCGUGUCUCUGAAAUCAUGAAAUGGGUGCGGUCGGAAGAGGAACUGUGAGGCUUGCACUGCCACACUCACACGUUAAACGGACUUGAAACGAGCGGAAGAACAAGAUAUUCAAGCGCAAUGCAUCUAUAAUACAUAGUCGCCUCCCCACCCUUAUUUUAGCUUGGAGAAGUUGGUAGUCAGCCUUCCUGGGUCACGGAGCAAGGUACAAGUUUACUUUUCUGGCUGACGUGGAUGAUACAGUUCAAAUAUUCCAGAGCAAUGAGCCUGGUCCAGCUACUGAAACGCCACUUCUUGAGCCACCUGUUCAUCUGCUACGUGUUCCUGGUCAGCGGCCUCAUCAUCAAUCUGCUGCAGCUAUGCACUCUACCUUUGUGGCUACUCAACAAGCAGCUGGCCCGAAAGUUCAACUGCAGAUUUGCCUACACCGUCUCCAGCCAGCUGGUCGCAGCAUUGGAGUGGUGGUCUGGAACAGAAUGCAACCUCUAUACAGACCCAAAGUCUUACCCUUUGUACGGAAAGGAAAAUGCAAUUGUGGUUCUCAACCACAGUUUUGAGAUAGACUUCCUGUGUGGUUGGACCUUCUGUGAGAGAUUUGGAGUUCUUGGGAGUUCCAAAGUUCUUGCCAAAAAAGAGUUGGCCUACGUCCCCAUCAUUGGUUGGAUGUGGUACUUCCAGGAAAUAGUUUUCUGCAAGAGGAAGUGGGAAGAGGACAGAAAGACGGUAACUCAAAGUCUUCAGAACCUGAGAGACUACCCUGAAAACUAUUGGUUUUUGCUUUACUGUGAAGGAACUCGCUUCACAACAGAGAAGCACCGGAUCAGCAUGCAGGUAGCAGAGACCAAAGGUUUGCCCAAACUCAAGUAUCAUCUUCUUCCCAGAACCAAAGGCUUCUGGGUCACUGUUCAAAACCUUAGAGGAACCGUCGCAGCUGUGUAUGACUCCACACUCAACUUCAGAAACAACGAAAUGCCAACUCUGCUGGGAAUCCUUAGCGGAAAGAAAUACCACGCAGAUUUAUACGUGAGGCGAAUCCCGCUGGAUGUGAUCCCAGAAGAUGAAUCUGAGUGUGCUGACUGGCUCCACAAACUCUACCAGGAAAAGGAUAGCUUUCAAGAGGGCUACAUGCAGACGGGGCGGUACCCCGGCCCCAUAGUCGGCUCUCCACGCCGCCCCUGGUCAUUGAUCAACUGGUUGUUCUGGUCCUGCCUGCUCCUAUACCCACUGGGCCUGCUCUUCGCACAGCUCAUCAUUUCGGGAUCGGUGACGACCAUCUUGUGCACGGUGGUGCUCUGCACUGCAGCUUCAGUGGGAGUUCGUUGGAUGAUUGGCCAGACUGAGAUUAACAGAUCUUCAAACUAUGGGAGCAAGACGACUCAUCAAAACAACAACUGAGGAAGCCAAAAAGUACUUGGAGAUGUGUCAUCGCACAGCAGCUGCAAAAUGAAGAUUUAAUUUCCUAGCUUGAUGACUGCACCGCUGCUUUCUGCUGCAACAAGUGGCGACCUGCCCGAAAGCACAAUGCAGGCAGUGUACUUCAGAGAAUGAAGUUGACAGUGCCGAGAACAAUGGUGUUCAGCUUGCCUUCGGAAAUGUCGUCAUUUUGGGGCAAGCAAACCUAAUAUGACUUUCAAAUUAAAGUCAAGGCAAGCUCAGAAACUAUUUAAAUAGAUGUUUAAAAAUGGCACAAUGAGAACAUUAAGUCAGGAUGAAAGUGACCACUUUUUUGUUUGAAUAGUCACAUAAAACAAUUUCAAAAAUUGUAUGCACUGCGGCUGUUGAUUUCUACCAGUGUGUCUGUUUUCUCAAUUGUAUUGUUUAAACGAGGUAUGUGCGAAAAUCAUCCAGCUCAAGCACACUCCAUCUCUGGGACUUAAUUUAAAAUGCACACGUUUCUUUUUGAAUUACUGUACAUGACAGUUCCUGUAAUGAGGUCCUGUUUUGGCUUUCAGUAAUCUUUCUUAUGUACCAAUCAUAUGAGCAAAGGUGAAUAAAAUUGGCAUCCUCACAGAAAA